AAGUUUUCAGACCAUCUUAAAUGACAGAUGAUCAAUGACUAAUCAGUUAAAAAACUAAUCGCCAUUGAAAAGUCACCGAAUAGCAAAUCAAGUUAAGCUUGCAACCUUCGAUAAUGAACUUCUUAAAAAGUGAAAAUUGCACCAUCAAGCAUUGAAACUUCGCACUGCAAUAUUUUUGUUCUCGGAAAGGUGAUUUACUUUGUUUGGCAAUGAAAUAGUCUUUGUUGGAAGCAUACUAUAAAAGGAUUUGGUGAAUUAGGUGCUACGACAAAAAACCAAUUCGCAUUGUUGAUAGAUACUCACUGAUCUACAAUCAUGAAAUUACUUUUGUUUGGAAGUUUAGCUCUUCUUUUGGUAUUAGAUAUAUGUUCUGGAAUAGCUGUAGAGAAAACUUACUUGGUGUCACUUAGAAAAGCUGAGUUUUUGAGCAUUAUAGAUUGCAUUUCUAAAAGUCGAGAUCCAUUCUUGUGUCGAGCCUAUGGAAUAUGUGAAAAAGAAUUGCCUCCAAGAGUAUUUGCAGCUCAUCAAAAGUGUCAAAAAGAACAUGUAGGACAUGAAGUUGUGAGAUGCUCAACACAUAAACCUCUCUUCAAGGAUCUCGUUAUUCCAUCAAAGAUUUUUGAUUGUAUUGUUGAAGUUUUGCACGUGCUUACUCCGGAAGAAAAGAAGAUUAUGAUAAAAUUUGAAGAAUGUGCAAAAAAGUUGCAAGUCGAAAGUUGCAGUAUUGUUGAUCAUCAUGCUCAUCGGAAACAUCACCAUCAUCAUCAUCAUGGUCGAUGAAAAUGUCUAAAUGAGAUUUUGGAACUAACAAGAACAUAAACGUAAUAAUUCCAUUUCUGUAGUGUAAAAAAAUCAUUGUUAUUUACUAAAAAACAAAAUGUAUGCUUGAUGUUAAA